UAGACGUUGCGGUUGUCACUUGUCAUGUCAAUUCGGCUUCGAAACGAAAUCUUAAACAGCUAAGCUUAGUUUUUUCUAUUGAUUAAAAUUUGUAUAAAAGGUAUUACAUACGAUAUCUAUUUGUAUUAAAAAAAAUAUGUAUAUGCAAUAAUUUCAUUGAAAAAAUAAAUACAAUGGCGGACAGAGAUUUGUCGCUUGGUCCGAGGGAAGGUGUAUCGUACCCAAUAAAGGUGCAAUACUGUGGUAAUUGUUCUAUGCCGAUAGAAUACUGCGAAUAUUAUCCUGAAUAUGACAAGUGUAAACAAUGGCUAGAGAAAAAUUUACCAACAGAAUUCGAAAAAGUAAAAAUAGAUGAGGAAGAUAAUGGCGGUGGGGAAGAAGAAAAGAAACGACAAAAAAGAGGUGGUAAAGGUAUGCUAAAAUCAAAGAAAAAAGAAGAUGUUCCAAAAUUAGUCCAAGUCUCACGAGCCCCUCGUGGAAAAAAGAAAUCUGUAACUGUUGUGUCUGGGCUAAGCACUUUUGAUAUUGAUUUGAAGGUAGCAGCUAAAUUCUUUGGUACUAAAUUUGCCUGUGGGUCAUCAGUGACUGGUGAUGAUGAAAUAGUAAUUCAAGGUGAUGUCAAGGAUGAUCUAUUUGAUGUUAUUCCUGAUAAAUGGCCUGAGAUUGAUGAAGACAGUAUUGAAGAUUUAGGAGACCAAAAGAGAUAGUCACAAUAUUCAGAAGCUUAUAUUGCCUGCUUCUGUUUCUCAAACUGUAACGCGACAAUUAUUGUUGUAUGAUUUUUAUUAAUUUGAAAUAGAAAUGAAGUCUUGUCAAUCUUUCAUUUAUCUAACCAAGAUUUUUAUUAAUAAAAACCUAUCAUAAA